AUGAUGCUCAGGAGACAUGUCUGCAAAGUUGUCUGCAUUGGGCUUACUCUGGUUAUUGCCUACCAUCUCCUCCUGGUAUUUUAUAAAAAAUCGACUUUACAAAAGUUGAUUCUGGUUAGUGCCCAAAAGGAGCUUUAUUUGCCUGUGUCUGAUUGGGAUGGGAUCGUGAUAAAGAGCUCUCAUUUGAAGUUGGAUUUGCAGUAUCUGAAAGAAAGUAUGAAAUUGGCUGUGAAGGAACAACAAAACGUGGACAACACCCUGGAGAGGGUGAAAUAUGAACAACACCCUGUUGGAAAGGCAGUGGAAGCCAAAGCAAGUGAGACAAAGAAACACAAACCCAGAGAGGAACUUUUUCCAGGCUCACUGCUCUUCAAGCAGUGUAAAGAUCUUUCUGAGGCCCAGCAGAAAAAGGCCCGCGACCUCUUCCAAGAGUUUGGUUACAAUGUUCACCUCAGUGACCAGUUGCCCCGGAAUCAUUCCAUCCCAGAUGCACAUCAUUCCAGGUGUCUUCAGAAGACAUAUCCCUCAAAACUCAUCCUCAUAUUCACAAAUGAAGUUUUGUCCAGUGUGCAACGGGCCAUUGUCAGUACCGUCAGCUGGACCCCCUCAAGAUUGCUGAAGGAGAUCAUCUUGAUGGAUGAUUUUAGCUCAAAUGGAGAACUAAAGGCAAACUUGGACAAGAGUAUUAAGCUUUACAACCAGAAGUAUCCAUGACUACUGAAAAUAGUCCAGCACACAAGGAGAAAAGGUCUUGCUCAAACACGCCACACUGGCUGGGAAGUGGCCAUGGCUGAUGUGGUUGCCAUCUUGGAUACUCAUGUUGAAGUGAAUGUUGGCUGGUAAGAGCCCAUCUUGGCUCAGAUUCAGGAAGACCAUAAUGUCAUUGUGUCACCUGUGUUUGAUGACAUUCAUUUUGACACCUUUGAACUGACUAAAUAUGAAUUGGCAGUUGAUGGGUUUAAUUGGGAACUCUGGUGCCACUAUGAUUUAUUUCCAAAGGCCUGGGUUGAUCUGAAUGAUGUCACUGCUCCAUUGAAGAGUCCUUCCUUCAUGGGCAUCCUGACUGCCAACAAGUUCUUCCUGGGAAAGACUGGAUCUGUAGAUGGUAGGUUGCUGGUCUAUGGAGGAGAAAGUGUGGAACUUAGCCUGAGGGUGUGGCAGUGUGGAGGAAAAACUGAGGUCUUGCCCUGCUCUCGGAUCGCUCACCUAGAGAGACACCACAGGCCCUAUGCCUUGGAUCUGAUUUCUUCUUUGAAGUACAAUGUUGUCAGAGUGGCCAAAAUCUGGAUGGAUGAGUAAAAACACAUGGUUUACUUGGUGAACAUACCUCUCCAGAACUCUGGAAUCGAUUAUGGAGACAUUUUUUCCAGAAUGGCACUCUGGGAGAAACUGAAAUGUGAUGCAUGGAAAUGUAAAACUUUUGACUGGUAUCUGAAAAAUGUUUAUCCAGCCCUGAAGCCAAUCCACAACAUCGUGGGCUAUGGAAGAAUAAGAAACCUAUUGGAUGGACAUAUCUGCCUGGAUCAGGGACCUAUUCCAGGCAAUACCCCCAUCAUGUGUUACUGUAAUGAAUAUAGUCCACAGAAUGUCUACUACUACCUAACUGGGGAGUUGUACAUGGGACAACUGAUUGCCGAGACAGAUGUUGAUGAUUGCUGUCUGACAGACCCUGGCAGUGGGAAGAAGCCCACUUUAGAGCCAUGUUCCAAGGCAGCCUCAAAUAGACUGCACAUAUAUUGGGAUUUUAAACCACUUAGUGACAUGAUGGAUUACACUAAUUUUUAA